AUGACCGAACGUUCAAAAUAUCCAAUAAAUGGAAUCUGUCGUUUUGAAAAUGUUGCUCGGCUUAUUGAAAACAAUAACUUCCCUGAAAAUUCUAUCGGUUGGAUGUGUGGAAUUGAAUGGUAUUUCUCACUAAGAACAAAAGAAAUUAACGACAUUACUUACAUUUACGCAUUUCUUGAUUCUCGAGUGGAGCGUUCUGAAGUAUUCAAUUUGCGUUCCUUUUUUUCGUUUGAAAGUCAGGAAAAAAUAAAAAAUAAAAAAUCAGAACAUUGCGUAUUCCUGUAUCAUGAUGAAAGUCCGCGUGGACAUUAUCUCAAAGUAGACAAACUGAUAGAUGAAGAAAAUGGAUGGUUGAGUGAUGGAGCAUUGUCGGUGGAAUAUGGGUUUUGUGUAUUAUCAAUCCAAGAUGAUGACGAAAUCUGGAAGUUCAAUUUUUAUGAUAGCCUAUUUGAUUGUGAUCGGAAACAAAAUAUGAUUAGAUUGGAAGAUAAGAGUUGGAGAUUUGAUGAUUGCUUACCUUUAUGCACUCAUAAACAGGUACUGGCAGUUUGA